AUGGCCUUGAAGCUCAACUUCUUCAUUUCUGCCUCCUUCAUUUCUUUGUUGCUAAGAUAAGGAGAGGGAAUAUUUUCUGAUGUUCUGGAGAAAGUGAGCCUUUGGGAAGGAAACUGCUAUGCAAGUAAACACAUGAAGCGACAUUUUGAAAGUAUAGCACAAGUGAAUAAUCUGAGAGAAAUACAAGCAGUAAGGAGGCUGACUCCACAUCCUACUAUCUUAGUUUUACAUAAAGUUGUUUUGGAUGAAAGCCCCAGCUCCCUUUCACUGGUAUGUGAAUUUAUGGCCAUGACUAUUUAUGAGCUGAUAAAAGGAAGGAGAAAGCUGUUGCCUUAAAAAAAACAAACCAGGGACAACAUGUAACAGAUAUGCAAAUCUCUAGGUUGUGUAUAUAGAAAUGGGAUAUUUCAGAGUGAUGAGCAACAAGAAAACAUAAUAAUAAAGCAGAACAGCCUGAAGUUAAGAGAAUUUGGAUCUUGUAGGAGUAUCUGUUCUCAGCAGGCACACAGUACCUCCCCAUGCUGGUACUGAGCACCUGAAUGUCUGCUUACAAAAGGGCUCUGUAGUUACAGAAUUGGCAUGUGGAGUCCUGGCUGUGUUUUCUAUGAAAUCACAAGUUUCCAGUCUCUUUUUCUUGGAUAUAAUGAGCUGGACCACAUCUCAAAAAUCCAUGAAGUGAUAGGCACUCCUGGUAACAAAACCCAAAAGUUCAAGCAGAAACCACCACAAAAACCUAAAUCUGUUGUGCUGACACAAGAGCAGUUUCUGCUGUCCCUGCCCAGAGACACUUUAACUGUGCACAAAAAAUUAAGAGUAGUAGGAAAUAUGUCAGGGCAAGUACCUCAGGAUUUGUGGCAAAUUUCAAAAGCAAGUCCAAGACAGGGAAAAAAAUCAACAACUUCGGUCUCCACUGGGAGAAUUACCAAAAUUAAUUUUUCUGGAGUGGCCAAAUUGAUUUCCUUUCCGACUCCUACAUUGCUUUCAGUUUUCUGGAAACCUAAGGAAGGUGGUGGAACCCCUGUGUUCCAGUCUGUCAGAUUUACUGGAUCAAAUACUGAGUCUGAGAAACAGAAGGCACUUCAGUCUUCCCUGAAACAUUUCCAUUUGACUGCUAUAGAAGGAAUAGAAGUGAGAGAGACCCAGUCAUGCUUCUCUUGUUAGAGAUCUAACAAGAACAGCAGUGCCUGAUUUUCUUGCUCUGACAAUUUGCAGGAAAACCCCACAAGGUUUGAGGGCUGGUUUCCUACCAUUUUGAUAUUAUGUUCCUGAAGGGGAUCAAUAUUUAAUUGAAGCAUUGUUCUGGCAGAGCACAGAGAGUGUUCUGCAUUGAACUUCCUCAGUACUUGUUCCUUUUAGAACCUGAUGGAGGAGGAGGUUGGUUAAAAAUAACAUGAAAGGAUUCUUUGAGUUCAAGUAUUAGGAAUGGAAUGUUAUCUACAGAAUUUAAGUUUUCAAAUUGUAUUACAAAUGACAGCUAACUGCUGUAUUUUUUUUAGAUUUAAGAGUUUGGGGUUUUUUCAGUUAGCUCUGGAAAUUAUUCCUCUCCUGUACUCAGUAACUUCCACCUCAGGUUUUACUGAGAAUGUGCAAAUUUUGCAAUCAUAUGAGAUACCUGAUUUUAAUGCAGUUUCUGUAACUGCUGAAUAUUUUUAUGUAACUAUAAUCUAAUUCAAAGCUAAACCAACUUUUUGCUGAUUCAAAAGCAAGCAAAACUUAGCCACAGUUUGCUCCAAGCCAUUGAUCUUAACAUUAAUCAAAAGUCUUAACAGGGACUGAUGUUGCAGCCAGUUGCGUAAAAGAGCAGUAAAAGCACAUAGCUGAGAAUGCAUCAGAAAUCUGGCACACAGAUCACCAGCAACAAUUUAACAGAAUAUUUCCUAUCAUUAAAUAAGGUGAGAGUUAAAAGGCAAUAUUCUUAACUUACUAGGAAAGAAUCUUUAUUCCAGAUUGAUACCAUUGAUUUUUAAAUUCCUGAGAU